GCCCAGACCCGGCCGGACCAAACCCAACCGGCAGAUUGACCCAGUUCCAGUUAUGUCCGAAUUCAUACAUUACACAACUCACCUCUCCUACAAAACAGUGACAACAAGAUUUUUGGUUCUUUAAAAUACUGUAUUAAACCCCACAUUAUUCAGUUUCAAAAUAAUCAGUUUCAACUUGGGAGCCUACAAUUCUGUUAUCUCUUCAAGGGUCUAAGCAAAAUCUCAGGUUUGAUCAAUCAAGAAAAGGGGUCUGUGUUGUUUGGAUUUUCUUGAAAGUCCAGUAGCAAAGAGGUGUUUCAUAUUUUCAUCGCGUCUAUGUAAGAUGUCUAGUGAUUCUGAUAGCAGCAGGAACUCUUUCGACAUUGAUGAUCUAUCACAGAUUCAGGCAAGAUGCAGAGAGCUGAGGAAGGAGAAGGAUUCGCUGAAUGCAUCGCAAUCGCAAAGCUUUCAGUUGAUUAAAAGGCUGGAAAUACAUGUUAAGACAUUACUGGGAGCUCGAGCAGAGGACAAGAAACGGAUUCAAGAGCUGGAAAGAGAACUCAGUAACUGCUCUCAAGAAUUAGAUUACCUGCAGGAUCAACUGAACUCUAGGAACACAGAGGUUCAGUCUCUUGGUGAUCGUGUACAUACCCUAGAGUUAAAACUUGCAGAUGUGGAGAAUUUGGAGUUGAUGGGUCGCCAAAUGACAGAGGAGUUGGAGAAGUCCAACUCAGACGUAUUGUUCCUGAAUCAAGAAUUAGAAAACAAAGAAAUUGAGCUCCAGCAGUCAAAUUUACGUAUAGAGAGCCUGGAAGAGUCAAUUUUAUCAGUUUCAUUAGAUUACCAAUGUGAGAUAGAGAGCAUGAAGUUUGAGUUGAUGACCUUUGAGCAAAGUUGUUUUGAAGCUAGCAAAAUUCAAGAAGAAGCUGCUCAAGAAAACGGCAGACUGGAUCAGUUAAAUCAAGACUUGGAGGUUCAGAUCCAGGACUGUAGGGAGGUUAUUAAAUGCUUAAGUGAGGAAAAUAAAGAACUGAGGGAGAAGCUUAUAAUAUCUGAGAGUAAAGCCACUGAAAUCUGCAUGACGAUAGAAGAAAAAUUUCCAGAUAUGCUGAAUAAGGAUGGCCACCCGUUGCCAAGUGAAUUGAAGAACGAUGCAAGAUGGGAUGUGGGAAGAGUAUCAUUUUCUGAUUUGGAAGACAAGUUUGAAAAGAUGUCGUCUAGCAUAAUUAAGUAUGAAGCACGAGUAAGGCAACUUAAGGAAGAACUGAGAGAGCAGAAGUUCAAAGCAAACGAAGAAGCAGAGGAUUUAGCUCAAGAAAUGGCUGAGCUAAGGUAUCAAAUGAAUGGAUUGCUUGAAGAAGAGUGCAAACGGCGUGCUCACGUCGAGCAAAUAUCCAUACAAAGAAUAGCUGAGUUGGAGGCACAGAUAGAAAUGGAACGGAAGAUAUCUGAUAAUAGUGGCAGACUAUCGUUAGAGCUCAAAGAUUGAUAUUCUAAAGAAAUUUGGCACUUCAUGUCCACCCAAAAUCAGAUGUAAAGCGUAUGAUGCGGAAUUUCAGCCUGAGAUUGUAUAUUCUUGCUGAGGUUGUCUGAAAGAUGCACUGAUCUCCGGGUUCAAAAUCAGGCUCCUUCUUGCCGUGACCAAUGCAGAAGUAUGAUAAUGAUGGAUUGAUCAGGAACAAGCAGCACACUGUUCUUAAAGAUUGUUCAACUAGGAGCUUAGGAUUAAACUGUCAAGGGUUCCUUUUUUUUUUUUUUCAGGCACCCUUUUCUUUUUCUUUUUCAUUUUAAAUUUCUUUUAGUGUGUGUAUAAUAUUAGCUUGCUAUGGUAGUGUUGGUUUAGCUUAGCACAUCUGUCUUGGUAUAACAAUAAUCAAAUGCAAUUUUGAUUCUUUUCUGUCUUGGUUGGUUACAUUAGUUUGUGGUCAUAUUUGUUGGCCAGCAACAAAUUGCAGAAUUUAUUUAAUAUUAAAACUAAUGAUCUGCUCAUCCUUUAGA